AUGGCUGCCAGCAGCGCGAGUGAGCGCCACCGGGCCUCCGAAUCAACACCUAUCGGAGGGCUCUCGGGCUUUUUCACUGUCACGUUUUUGUAGGUGCACACUGUCAGAACAAUGUGCUGUAACCCACCAUCAGACGAGGCAGCAGGUGUGGGAGAGAUCUGACGAGUUGUGUGUGGGCCCGUGAGCGUGACGCAGAGUUGAAGAUGAGGACUAUUCCUGUGUACGGAGGUGGUGAUGGAGGGGAGUCCCGCGGCCUCCGCAGCCGAGUGGGCAGGAUGAAAAAGCUGUUGUGGCUCCGGCCGAGUCACUGCGUGGACGUGCACAUGGACACAGAGCCCGGCGUGUGGCUGACCAGCUUCCAGUUAUUGGACGCCGAUGGACAGUACGAGGAUCCAGUGCAGGAGUGGGGGGAGGAGGAGGAGGACGGGGCUGUGUUUGGAGUCACGCUGCGCAGGGAACCCGUCCUGCCGAGCCCUGACACACCGGAGCUCCCGACAGCCUUCAGCUUCGUUCAGUACCACACGGUGAAGGUGCGCAGGCUGAAGGCCGGCACCCUGGAGCGCCUGGUCACCCACCUGCUGGACCCCGAGCACCAGGAGCCCGACUUCAUCCGAGUCUUCCUCUGCACCUACAGGGCCUUCACCUGCAUCAGCAGCCUCAUCGAGCUGCUGUUUCAGAGAGACGAUUCAGUCGCCAACCUGGAUAACACUGUCUGCCAUCGCAGUACCUUACUCCCGGUGAUCCGGCUGUGGCUAGAGGAAUAUGGUGAAGACUUCCACCAGCCCCCUCAUUAUCAGGCCCUCCGGCUGUUGUGCGUCCACUUGCGGCAUCGCCUCUGUUUCAGACGCUUGGCUCAGACUGCAGAGAGCCUCCUCAAGAGGCUCCAGGAACAAGAUUGCAGCCAGUCUUCGUCACAGCGCAACGGUGAAUCACUGCAGCAGGAGCACAGGGAUCAGGAGGACAGCGGAGAGACGUCCACGAAGGAGGAGGACAAAUGCAACUUCAAGGACUUCGCUGUGAGAGAAGUGGCGGAGCAGCUGACCCGGUUGGACGCUGAGCUGUUUGUCCGACUGGAGCCCUUCCACUGUUUGGGUUGCGUCUGGUCCCAACGCGACAAGAAGGAAAACAGAAACCUGGCGCCCACCGUCCGCGCCACCAUCUCCCAGUUCAACGCCGUCACCAACCGUGUCAUCACCUCACUCCUCUGCCCGUCCUCUCCAAGCCCUUCCACUUCCUCUCCCGUCUCAUCACCCAGCUCCUCCUCUACCUUCCUGUACCCCUCCACUGCUCCGAGCUCACCUCGCUGCUCUCACAUCAGCCCCGGCCACAGGGCAUGCAUCAUCGAGGGCUGGAUCGCUAUAGCUCAGGAGUGCAGACAGCUGAAGAAUUUCUCCUCUUUGAGGGCCAUCCUUUCAGCCCUGCAGUCCAACUCCGUGUAUCGCCUCAAGAAGACUUGGGCUGCCGUUAGCAGGGAAAGUAGGAACGCCUUUGACCACUUGAGUGAGACUUUCCCUGAUGAGAACUGUGUGCUGACCAGCAGAGAGAUCCUGGUGGAGGAUGGGACUCAUCCAAACGGCAGUGCCACCCCGAGCUCCGUGUCCAGGACUAGCUUCAGCAGCGGUGUGGUGCCGUACCUGGGCACCUACCUGACGGUCCUCACCAUGCUGGAUACAGCUCUGACGGACACCGUAGAGGGCGGACUCAUCAACUUUGAGAAGCGCAGACGGGAGUUUGAGAUUCUCUCUCAGAUUCGGCAGCUUCAGGCUUCUUGCUCUCGCUACAGCCUCCCAGUAAAUUCUCAUAUCGCCGCCUGGCUGCAGACGCACACACUGCUCACAGACCAUGAGAGCUAUGAGAUGUCUCGUGAUCUGGAGCCUCCAGUUGACCCCUGUCCCAGCUCUCCCAACUCAUGGAGCAGUCGACUGCUGACUAAGAAACUUGCCACGUUGCGACCGGGCUACGACAACUCCCUGAGGAAGACCAACGCUGACCAGAUCAGUGUGUCAUCUUCUGGCUCCAGCAGUUCAGAAAUGGAGGACCUCUCUGUCCCCCAGCCCUCCCCCCUCAGACUCAAACUCAAGUCUCUUUCAGGCUCUCUCCAUGAUGUUGCAGAGGAUUUCUCCUCCAGCUCCUCGUCCUCCUCCUCUCCCAGUCUUUCCAGCUCCUCCUACAGCUCCUCCCAUCCGGACCUCAGCUCUUCCUCUCUGGUCCUGAGCCCAGACUCGUCUUCGUCCAGCGGCUCCUCUCCGGCCGGGCUGCCCGUCUACAACAAGCAGGUUGCUGACUCGUGUAUCAUCAGGGUCAGCGUGGAGUCCGUUAGCAAUGGAAACGUCUACAAGAGCAUUCUGCUGACCAGUCAGGACCACACACGUCAGGUGAUCGAGAGGGCUCUUGAAAAACACAACAUGGAGGAUUUCAGCUGCCAGAAUUUCAACCUCUGCCAGAUGCUCAACAAUGGAAAAGAUCUUCAGAUCCCCGACAAAGCCAAUGUAUUUUACGCUAUGUGCACCUCCGCCAACUAUGACUUUGUGCUGCGUUGGCGCUGGAGGAACCACGGGAGACGUCUGGGCUCCUCCUCCAGUCCUGGAGCUCAACCCAAGAGCCGUUACUCCAAGUGACAAGCGUCUGUCCUGGCUGAAUGUUAGGAGUUCAUAGAGAAGACGAGGGGGCUGCUCAUCUGCAAGCAACACCCCAACAACACUGCUCUGGCCGUUUGUGACGACUCAUCGUCAUGAGAUUGUCUCUGUACAGCAGAUAUGAGCCACUCUGAAAUGGAGACUCACAAGCAACCGAUGCUGACAAUUAAUCCUGAGGAGUUUGCGUCAAUGAGCAACAACUGAGACGUGCUGUACUCUGGACUGUUUGAAGAGUGUAAUGCAAGAAGAGAAAACAGUCCACGUACACAGAAGUGAGACACUGAGAAAGGAGAAAAGGAUUCUCAUUUUGUUCUCCAUCUCCUCAAACAUCAACAUCUUUGGAUAAAUUAACCAACAGUCACUCAGGUCGACCAGGAUGAGGAGGAAAACGUUCAUGUGUCGUUAUUCUACAGGAAAAAUAGUGGCUGCAGAAUCAGGCUGCAGGACUCCUACAGCAGCCCGUGUGGCUGAACUAAACUCUUAACUACGCGAAGCAGUGACUCAGAAGGAGUCAUGCCGACUGUUAGUUGAUGAGUCAACAUUUCAGUUGUACCGGGCACACCGAAGAGCAACGAGACUCCCUUAAAUCAAACGGUGUGUGAAACACAGUUUGGACUCCUGACAUUGAGUUUCCUUUUGUCUGUAAUAAGUAUUCAAUUGUCUUCUAGUUGAGGAUUUAAAUGUUUUAUUGUAACUUAAUGUACUUUUAAAAACUUAAAUUAUUAAAUGCAUUUCAGUAUUGAGCGUUGAGAGCUUAAGGGGCAUGAGGAAAAUGUGUUUUGAGUUUUUGUUUGUUUUGUUUCUCUGUGGCAUUUAUGUCCGAGGGUUUGAAGAGGUGUUGUGUUGAUGAGCUAGAAGUGUCUCUGGUGUGUUUUCCUCUCUAGUGAUGAAGGCUGUGAUUCAGGUGAGGCUGCUGUAAUCCGGUGGCUAUUAAAUAACAACAUAUAUAUAUAUAUGGAGUGGUAUGAAGCUCACUCCAGAAUGGUACAAGUAUGUGAAAAUUAAGUGUCUGCGUUUGUGAGUUUCAUACAAUCAUCACAGUGAUGUGAAGUCCUCCCCCAAACUCUUAAGUAUUAUAAGUGACAACUUGUUUGAAGGUAAAAGAAGUUGUUCACAUUUAUUUAUUAGUUUCUCCUCAGUUUUGGGCCGGAUUUUGCAUCUCUGUGCAGCUUUCUAGCUGCUGUGGCUCGUUAGUCAGGUGAAAGGUUGGUAGCAAAGGGCUGGCAGCUGCAAUACAUAUAAAGUAUGAAGGAGGAGUCGACAGAGUGACUUCUGCUGUGUCCAUCUCUCUUUCUUCCUGUCUGUCCGCUGUAUUAUGAGAAGGUUUUCAUGUUUCUUCUCUCCAAUAUGUUUUAAUUUAAGUGAAGUUGUCAACGUUACUGUAUGCAAGUUGUAAUUGAAGCCUAAAUGUCUUUGUUCUAAUAUUUUCUUCCAACAGAUUCUUUAUUUUUUAUUGUUAGCACUUAAUGUGUAUAAUUAAUAUU